AUGCCAAACAAUAGUUUUGAAGCAGUUAGUAUUCCUUUCGAGCAGAUAGAUAAACUUGCCAUAUCAGGUGGUUAUUCGACAUUCUAUCCAGCCCAAGAACCAGCAGUCAAAAUAUGGGGCGAUUGGCGUCAACGUUAUUGCUCUUUGGCAGAUACUUUUAAACCAGUUUUAGAAAGGGUGUACAAUUUCGAUGUCCGAGAGGAUGAUAUAUACAUAGUUACCAGUACUAAAUGUGGCACAACAUGGGCGCAGGAAAUGACCUGGCUUAUACUGAACGAUUUCGACUUUGAGCGUGCCAAACAAAUUGAUUUGACAAUUCGCUCGCCAUUUUUAGAGUUCAACGGUGUUGUGCCAAAUGUUCCACACGAUACUAUUGAGGCGGCCAAUGGACUGGAAUCACCACGUUUACUUAAAUCACAUCUUCCGGCUAUGCUGUUGCCAAAAGAAAUAUGGACAAAGAAACCAAAGAUCAUUUACGUUUUUCGAAAUCCAAAAGAUGCAGCUGUUUCAUAUUUUCAUCAUUGGCGUGGGAUGGUCGGUUAUAAAGGGACUAAGGAGGAUUUCGUGCAGUCCUAUAUGGAUGGCCAUGUAAAUUUCAAUCCUUUUUGGCCACAUGUUCUAGACUUUUGGUAUAUGCGCAACUCACCUCAAGUGUUUUUCACAAGUUACGAACGUAUGAAGUUCAAUUUGGGCGCAGUGAUCCAGGAUGUUUGUCAUUUCCUCAAUAAAACAGUAAAUGAUAGGCAACUCGAACAGAUGAUCGAUCAUUUGUCAUUUGACAAAAUGAAAGACAAUCCUGCCUGCAAUCAUGUAAAGGAGUUCGAAAGCAUGAAAGCCGCUGCCGGCCGUGAAGUGGACGAAUUUAGAUUUGUGAGACGUGGCAUUGUCAAUAGCCAUAAAGACGAAUUGCCCGCAAAUGUGAUAAAAAAGCUCGAUGAAUGGACUUGCGAGUAUUUGAAUGAUUUAAAUUUGAGUUUGGAAGAUUUCACUAGUUACUCUAAGUAUUAA